CUAACACAUCAGUACUCUCGCCCUCUCUUUUUUUUUUUUCUCCCUUCUUCAUUUCUGCAAAUCCGCCCCGGCUGAACUCAGCAUAUGGCUACACUGAUGAAUGAUGAAAUCCUUUAUUUAGUCUGUGUUUCCUUUGUUUGACUGUCCUAAAGAUAAGUAUUGUUCUAUUUCUUCUUCAGUCGGUCCCUUGCAAUAUUAUUGGUUUUCAAGGUCAGAAUAAUUAAAGAUGUGUUGAGGCCGUGGAAUUUUGGUGAUGACUCGACGGCUAUGGAAUCAAGGGAUCUCUAUUGGAUUUAACAGAUGGUGGUUCUGUGGUUGACCAAUGGAGGAAGGCAGCAGAGUUGAAGGUCAUUAGAGUUGUUUUAUUUGCAGUGAAGUGGUGGUCGUUCGGCGGCUGUUUGACGGACUGGAGGUUAUAGACGGUGAAAUGGAAAAGAUGGUGAUUAAACAAAAAUCUUCGCAGUUUCCUCGAUGGAAGUACGAUGUCUUUCUAAGUUUUAGAGGUGAAGACACCCGCAAAACAUUUACAAGUCACUUGUAUGAAGGUUUGAAAAACAGGGGAAUACUCACCUUUCAAGAUGGCAAAAGGCUAGAGCAUGGCGCAUCGAUCUCAGAAGAACUAUGUAAAGCCAUUGAAGAGUCUCAAGUUGCCGUCAUCAUUUUCUCGAAGAACUAUGCUUCAUCCAGGUGGUGCUUGGAUGAACUAGUGAAGAUCAUGGAGUGCAACACUAAUCAAUUUGGACGACAAACCUUGGUAAUACCAAUCUUCUAUGAUGUGGAUCCAUCAGCAGUUCGAUAUCAAAAGGAGAGUUUUGCUGAAGCCUUUGACAAACAUGAGUCAAGGUGUAAAGUCGAUGAUGUUGAAGGAAUGCGGAAGUUGCAAAGAUGGAGGACUGCGCUAACUGCCGCAACAAAUCUAAAAGGAUAUGACAUCCGCCAAGGGAUUGAAUCAGACUGUAUUAAUGAGAUUGUUGACCAAAUUUCGUCCAAGUUAUGCAAGAUUUCUUUAUCUUAUUUGCAAGAUGUUGUGGGAAUAAAUAUCCAUCUCGAGAAAGUAAAGUCCCUACUCGAUUUAGAAAUCAAUGAUGUUCGGAUUGUGGGAAUCUGGGGCAUGGGGGGAGUCGGUAAAACGACAAUAACAAGAGCCAUUUUUGAUACACUCUCCUAUCAAUUUGGAGUUGCUUGUUUUCUUGCGGAUGUUAAAGAAAAUAAAUGUGGGAUGCAUUCUUUGCAGAAUAUCCUUCUCUCUGAAUUGUUAAGGGAAAAAGAUAAUUACGUGAAUAACAAGGAGGACGGAAAUCACCUGAUGGCUCGUAGACUUCGUUUUAAGAAGGUUUUAGUUGUGCUUGAUGACAUAGAUCACAAAGAUCAUUUGGAUUACCUAGCAGGGGAUCUUGGUUGGUUUGGCAAUGGCAGUAGAAUUAUUGCGACAACUAGAGACAAACAUUUGGUAGGGAAGAAUGAUCUAAUAUAUGAAGUGACUACAAUAGCUGAUGAUGAAGCUAUUCAAUUGUUCAAUCAAUAUGCUUUCAAGAAAGAAGUUCCAAAUGAGCAUUUUGAGAAGCUAACGUUGGAGGUAGUAAGUCAUGCUAAAGGCCUUCCUUUAGCCCUGAAAGUGUGGGGUUCUUUCUUACAUAAGAGGGAUAUAACUGAGUGGAGAAGUGCUAUAGAGCAAAUGAAAAAUAACUCUAAUUCAGAAAUUGUUGACAAACUCAAAAUAAGCUAUGAUGGAUUGGAGCCCAUACAACAAGAGAUAUUUCUAGAUAUAGCAUGCUUCUUACGAGGGGUAAGAAAAGAUGAGAUCAUGCAAAUUCUUGAGAGCUGUGAUUUUGGAGCUGAUAUCGGAUUGCGUGUCCUAAUUGAAAAAUCUCUUGUCUUCAUCUCUGAAAAAGAUACAAUUGAAAUGCAUGACUUAUUACAAGAUAUGGGUAAAUAUGUAGUGAACACACAAAAGGAUCCAGGAGAGCGUAGCAGGUUAUGGCUUGCUGAAGAUUUUGAAGAAGUGAUGAUCAACAGUACGGGGACCAAGGCAAUAGAAGCAAUCUGGAUUCUUUAUUUUAAAAAACUAUGCUUUAACAAAGAGGCCAUGAAAAAUAUGAAACGACUUCGGAUAUUGUACAUAUGUUCUGUCAAUCGCCAUGAUGGCUCCGUCGAGUACUUGCCCAAUAGCUUGCGUUGGUUUGUCUGGAAGCACUAUCCUUGGGAGUCAUUGCCAGAAAAUUUUGAACCCAAAAGGCUUGUUCAUCUUGAUCUCUGGUCCAGUUCACUGCGUCAUUUAUGGACGGGAAGAAAGCAUUUGAAGUAUCUACGGAAGCUACAUCUCAGCGUCUCUACAAGCCUGAUAUGCACACCAGAUUUCACGGGGAUGCCAAAUUUGGAGUAUUUGGAUCUGGAGAAAUGUAGUAAUCUUGAAGAGGUUCACCAUUCCCUGGGAUGUUCCAGAAAACUCAUUCGGUUGAAUUUGAAUUAUUGUAGACGUCUUAAGAAGUUUCCAUGUGUGAACGUGGAAUCUCUCAAAUAUCUCUAUCUACAUGAUUGCUGUAGUUUAGAAAAGUUUCCGGAAAUCGUAGGAAGAAUGAAGCUGGAGUUAGAGAUUGACAUGGGAUACUCUGGGAUAAGGGAAAUACCAUCAUAUAUUCAGUUACAAACUCAUAUUACCAAACUAAAUUUGAGCUGUUUAGAAGACCUUGUAGCUCUUCCAAGCUGCAUAGGUAUGUUGAAAAGCUUGGUGAAGCUAGAUGUGUCGGAUUGCCCAAAACUUGAAACAUUGCCAGAAGAGAUAGGGGAUUUAGAAAACUUGGAGAAGCUUGAUGCCAGACGUACUCUAAUUUCACGACCUCCGUCUUCAAUUGUGCGCUUGGACAAACUUAAAUUCCUGAGUUUUGGACAGUUAGAAUCAGAAGAAGGCCAAGUUGCAGGUUACUUUGUGUUCCCUCCGGUGAACAGAGGGUUACGCUCAUUGGAAGAUCUGGAUCUCAGUUUUUGCAAUGUAAUAGACGGAGGACUUCCAGAAGACAUUGGAUGCUUAUCCUCUUUGAAAGCGUUGUAUCUCAGGGGAAAUAAUUUUGAACAUUUGCCUCCAAGUAUAGCCCAACUUGGUGCUCUUCGAUCCUUGGACUUAACAAAUUGCAAGAGGCUAAAAGAGUUGCCAGAUUUCGUAGGGAUGCCAAAUUUGGACACUUUGAAUCUGUCAAAUUGUCUAAAUCUUGAAGAGGUUCAUCAUUCCCUAGGAUUUUUUAGAAAGCUCUGUACAUUAGAAUUGACUAAUUGUAAACGCCUUAAGAGGUUUCCAGCUCUGUGCAUCGAUUCUCUUAAAUAUCUGUGUCUAUAUGAGUGCUCCAAUUUAGAAAGUUUUCCAGAAAUCCUGGGAAGCAUGGAGUUAGAAAUUCACAUGCUCGACAGCGUGACAAGGGAUCUAGAUUUGAGAGGUUUAGAAAACCUUGUAACACUUCCCAGCAGCAUUUGUAAGUUGAAAAGUUUAGUUAAUCUAGAUGUAUCAGGUUGCUCAAAGCUUGUUAGCUUUCCAGAAGCUAUAGGGAAUUUACAAAACUUGGAGCGGCUUGAUGCCAGAGAUACUCUAAUCUCACAACCUCCAUGUUCUAUUGUCCGGUUGAACAAGCUUAGAUUCUUGAGCUUCGCAAAACAAAAAUCAGAAGUAGGCCUCGAAGAUGAAGUGAACUUUGUGUUCCCUCCGGUGGCUGAAGGAUUACAUUCAUUGGAAAUUUUGAAUCUCAGUUACUGUAAUCUAAUAGAUGGAGGACUUCCAGAAGACAUUGGAUGCUUAUCCUCUUUGGAAGUAUUGUAUCUCAGGGGAAAUAAUUUUGAGCAUUUGCCUAGAAGCAUAGCCCAACUUGGUGCGCUUCGAUCCUUGUAUUUAACAGUGUGCAGGAGUCUUACACAGCUGCCAGAACUUCCACCUGAUUUAGAUGAAUUGCAUGCAGAUUGUCAUAUGGUUCUGAAAAGUAUUCAUAAUUUAGCAACCAAGAAGAAGAAAUUACAGCGGCUGAUAUUCACACCACUGCACGAUAAGGAUGAUGCAUACAACGAUUCGAUCUAUAAUUUGUUUGCACAUAGCCUGUUUCAGAAUAUCGCUUCCUUGCAGCAUGACAUCUCUGCUUCAGAUUCCUUGUCACAGAGAGUUUUUACCAUUGAGCAUCCUGGGAAGAAGAUCCCAAGUUGGUUUCGCUAUCACGGAAUUGAUACAAGUGUAUCAGUCAAUUUGCCUGAAAAUUGGUAUGUACAUGAUAACUUCUUGGGAUUUGCAGUAUGUUACUCUGGCAGCCUAAUUGAAACCACAGCUCAAUUGAUUCCCUUAUGUAAUGAUGAGAUGUCGUGGAUGACCCAGAAACUUGCCUUAUGCAACCAUUCAAAGUAUGAUACAGAAUCAACUAUUCAACUUUUCCUUGUAACUCUUGCUGGCUUAUGGGAUACAUCUAAGGCAAAUGGAAAAACACCAAAUGACUAUGGACUUAUUAGGCUACUUUUUUGUGGAGAAAUGAAGGAGUUUGGACUUCGUUUGUUGUAUAAAGAUGAAACUGAGCUUCAGGCCUUGUUACAAAUGAGGGAAAAUAAUGAUGAACCAACAGAACAAUGCAUUGGGAUAAGGACGGGCAGAUAUGACAAUAGUGAACACCAUGAUUCCAUGAUAAAUGAAGCCAGUUGCUCCUCUUGUAAGAAACAAAGGUCACAUUCUACUUUCCGUGGGAGAGUGGCCAGUGUCUUCAGAAACUUUACAGCUCUUUCUUGUAAACCCAGGGAUUUAGCUUAAAAUAUACUCGUAGGAGCUCAUCAAUGGGUGAUGUACAUAUCAACACUGAGUUUUGUCAAUUGAUUCUCCAUCUUGUCUCCGCUUGUGCUGACCCAUGAUUUACCA